GCGCGUCUCUCGAGUUUCACCGGUCAAGCUCCCUCUAGCCUUCCAGCCCUCCGAGCCAAGUAAGCUCUCUUUUUUCUUCCUUAGUUUUCCCUUUUAUUCUUCGUUUUUCUCCCCGGUCGAUGUCUUCUUCUGAUAGUCAAGACAUUUCUGCCUCGGAUGCCCGCGCAUCCGAGGAAUCUCUUUCUUCUUCUUCCUCGACCGGGUCGUCUUCCCCCAUUCCUCAGCCCCGGUCGACUCCAAACCCUAGCAUCCCUGAACCACGGCCGGUAAAUCAGAUGCCCGGUCAAGUAUUUCAGGAGAGGGAUGCACCGGUCGAAGAUGAGCCGGCUCCCUAUGACCCUGAUGACGAAUCGUACGAGGAAUGGGUGGACCGGCUCGACGCAGCCGGUUAUUCUCCCCUUCCUACCGGCUACCCCGCCGAUAUAGUCCCCCGGGUUUCCAAGAUUGCUCAAAACAAAGCCCGUAGGAAUCUCCCGGAGGGGUAUGUCCUUGAAUACGACCCUAACUGGCCCAACAUCAUCGAGCCUCACCGGGAUGAUAGGGUAGGGUUCCAUAUCGUCUCCCUGGAGAGUGGCACCGUUUUCCCCCUUUGCCCCCUUCUAGUCGAGUUGUGCCACUGUUUCAAGAUCCUCCCUGGGCAAAUUACGCCCAAUGCCCACCGUUUCCUUAAUGCCUUCGUGAAUAUUUGUAUAGAGCUUAAGAUUGAUCCUUCCCUCCGCUUGUUUCUCUACUUGUUUGAAGUCCUUCCCGAUAUGAACUUCAGGUCCUUCGGCAUUCCCAAUACUACCGGUGGCUCUUCUUCAGCUGCCCCCAAGACUGGACCGGGCCAACCAGAAACCGUCGAGAUCCACGACGAGGAGGAAACUCCCCAGACCGGGGGACUUGACCAGUCUGGGAAGGCACCGGCGAAUCCUUCCCCCAGCAAGGGGAAGGGAAAGAAGAGGGUGAAGCAAGCUGCCACCACCCAUCCGUCCUCCAAGAAGAGAAGAGAGGAGCCCUCCCCGGUCAGGGAAUCCAUGGAAGAGUUGUGGGUCAAGAUGACCCUCAAACUGAAAGAGAUGGGCGAAGUCGGCCCGGGAACUUUGGAGAAGGACCUGAUAGCCCGGCAGCUUGAAGAGGUGACCAAUCUCUCGAAGAUUGCCGAGGGGGCCAAAGCAGAGACCCUCCAGCUGAAGGAAGAAAAUUUGAAGCUGAUGGAGGACCUGGAGCUAAAGGAGCGAGAAUUCCCCGGCAAGGCCAAGUAGUGGAUGGAGGACAAUCUGGUGGAAGCUGCCCGGGUACUCACUUCCUCUGAGGAGAGAACAAUGGAAGGCUUCAGGUUGUUGUACCGGGAGGAGCAUGGGAAGGAGAUGAUUACUCAGGUCGGCUCUUACGGCUUCAUGUCAGGUCAGAAGAGUGACCGGGAGGCCACUCAUGCGAUCCUUGCUGAAUGGGAU